CUCCCACACGCAUAUCCGUCCGACUUUGGCCAUCUUGCUGCGAUUUGAAAAACCCCUGUCUUCAACAUCACAUCCCUUUGCCCGUCCAGCCGCCAUAUUGUACGUGCGCUAAUGAUGAACCCUCAAGAUGCUUUAAAUGCUCCUGAGCCGCCUUCGGCUGUACCUGCGGAGGAGCCAGCAGCAGGCCAAGGAAUGGGAAUGCCCACAACGCCGACAACGCCAGACAGCGCGAGCCCUUCUGCAGCAGUCAAACGUGCCGAGCAGAAUAGACAAGCACAGCGGUCUUUUCGGGAACGGAAGCAACGAUACAUAAAAGAGUUGGAAAACAAAGCCGCUCUGAUGGAUCAUCGAAAUCAUCAAUUGAACGAAUCAGAGGCGAAACAUCGCGAGCUCCGGUCCACAGUGGAAAGAUUGACGAGGGAGCGGGAUGUGCGGAUCAAGGAAAGAGAGCUGUGGUGGAGAGAGCGCGAGGAGGUUUUUAGGGUCGUAGAUGCGCUGAGGAAAGACUUGGACACACUGCAUGCGGAAAACGAGCGAUUGAAGGAGAUCGUCUUCGGGUUAUGGCAGGAAUCGAGAGAUCUCGAGGCGGGAACAUCCGCGGAUGCCAUGGAGGUUGUGCGCCCAGACGGAGGGGAAACAGAGCCGAAACAAACAACAGCGCCGGCUGAAACCACGGACUUGGGUGGUCAGCCCGGCUUACCAGAAGAAAGCGCGGCUGUGAAUGAGCAACCAUCGACAUCAGCACCAACAUCCCUUGGCAGCAUCGCCUUCGCAAAGUUGAUCGAGCGAGCAACGAAUCCGGAAGUCCCGUCGAACAUUACUUCGAGUCUCUCCGAUGCUUUGCUGGUAGAUUUGAAAAAUCGGAUCAACCAUUGGGAUGGGGAGAGGGAAGCGCUCUACCGGAGUAUGACAUUCCCGCCGAUACCGGGGUUGAGCACCCAGACGGAGGCAGACGGCGGUGCGAGUGCCUCGAAUGAACAACAAUCACAGCAGCAACGGCACGAACAACAAACGGCAGAACAGCAGCAGCAGUCCGCUCUUGCAAGGGCAUCACCACAUAUUGCAACGCAUCCACGCAUCGCUCCAGCACCACCACCGAACACAAUACCUAUACCCGCCCUCUCACCUAUUUCGGGACAUCAGCAACAGCAUCUUCUUGCCAGUCCAGCGGCAACCUUUAUGGAUACGCUGCUCUCCAGCAUCCUUUCAGCCACUGCAGGUGCACAAGCCCUCAAUGGAAUGCCAGGAGCAGCCGCGGCAGCGGCCGCUGCAGCUGCGGCGGCGAAUCCGGCACUAUCGGCAGCACUCGCAGCUAACGGUCAAGCACAGGCUGCCUUGACAGCUGCCCUGGCUUCUGCGGCGGCGAAGAUGGCUACGGCUGGCGGUGGGGUCAGGCCCGUGCAGGAGAGUGAGGAACAGUUCCUGGCCGCCGGGUCUUCACCGCAGAGAGGAGGUGGUGAACUUGGGCAGGACCGGGGGGACGAGAGUCGAUUGACGCAUCCGUAGGGUUGCGCAGCCCGUCGUCUUGACGCAGUUAGGUGGAGGAUAGCAGGGGUUUCACCCCAGCUAUUAUCGCUUUGCAGGCCAAUGAAAGUCCAUUGUGAUUGGAGCAUAAACAUACCAUUAAUUUGCGCAAUAUAUCUGCACCAACACUUCGCUAUCAAAUACACUAAGUAUAAG